UGAGGAGGGCUCAUCUGGGCUUGAGUGACGAGCCGAGGGAACUGAAUCGCUGUAGAAGCCCAGCUGAACGGAAAGGACGGCGCUCUCCGCGUCGAGCUACAGGGAAACGAAACCCAAGGAAGACGCCGCCUCUUUGGUAUCUCCCUGCUACUUCGCAACUCGCCUUUCGCUGUCCUGUUGCUCCUCGUAGGAGAGACCCGUCUCUCCUUGCCCGGGCCGCGUCGCUCAGGCGGGACCAGACCGCGAGGUAAGGCACCGGGGCAAUCGACCCGACCUGUGUGCCUUUCUGCUUUGCUGCCCCUCCGAAGCUUGCAGCUAAUUUAUUGCAGCACUUUCAAGUAGAAGAUGGCAGAAAUCAGCUCACCAGCAAACAUCAAGGAAAAGAUCAAUGCAGUGCGUUCAGUUGUUCCCAACAAAAGCAACAAUGAGAUAGUGUUGGUGUUACAACAGUUUGAUAACAAUGUAAACAAGGCAGUACAAGCUUUUAUGGAUGGUAGCGCACUUCAAUUUCUAAAAGAAUGGAAUAUGACUGGGAAAAAAAAGAACAGCAAAAGGAAAAGAAGCAAAUCAAAACAAUAUCACCGCAACAAAGAUAUAAAGGAUAGAGGGGAUGGGGCAGAAAAGGUGUCUCUGGAAUCCCAAGAACUAAAUGACUGCCAGCUGAAUGGCUGUGCAAAAGAUACUUUCCCUGGCAAAUAUGCCAGUGAAAAAUCAAAAAAUAUUCAUGAAGAAAAGAGCUGUGAAUACAAAGACAGAAGAGAGGCAAGACCAGAAAUAGCAGACAAAAAAGAAGAAUCCACGAAAGUGUCUGUAGAGCCAGAACAAAAUAGCAGACAGCUUCCUAUUCCUUUCCAAUAUUCACCACCACUUCAGUGCAAUGUUGGUAGAACAAAAACAAAAGUACCAGCUACCACCAAUAAAUCAUUGCAUGUCCCUGCAUCUCAUCUUGAAGUGAAAGCAGAAGAUUCAGUGCAAAAAAGAGGCCUAAAUAUUGAGAAAUCUAUUAAAGAUCUUCAGCGCUGCACGGUUUCACUGACUCGAUAUCGCAUGAUGGUCAAAGAGGAGGUGGAUAAUUCAGUAAAGAAAAUUAAAGCUGCUUUUUCUGAAUUACAUAACUGCAUAAUCGACAAGGAAGUGGCUUUAAUGGCAGAAGUCGACAAGGUUAAACAAGAAGCCAUGGAUAUUUUGACUGCGCGUCAGAAAAAAGCUGAAGAAUUGAAGAGACUAACAGAUUUGGCAAGUCAGAUGGCUGAGAUUCAGCUGGCUGAAUUGCGAGCUGAAAUUAAGCACUUUGUAAGUGAACGUAAAUACGAUGAAGAAUUGGGUAGAGCUGCCCGCUUUUCCUGUGACACUGAACAGUUAAAAAUGCAGAUAUUACACUGUGGAGAAAUUUUCCAUCCAAAAAACAAUUACUCCUCAAGAACACCAUCCACGAUGUUCCUUCAGUCAGAAAUUUCAAAAUCAGUGGCCAGCACGCAAAAUACAUAUAGCCGAAAAUAUUCUAAUCAGACCCCUGCCAAGACUUCUGAUCACAAAACAGCAACAACUAAAGGUUCAAGCCAAGUUAUCCCAGUUACAGAAUCCUCUUCUCACGUAACUUCAACAAAUAAACAGAAUGUGCCUUCAGGUCCAAGACGAAGAUUUCAUGCACACUACCAUGGCAUUCGAAUCAAUGGUUCUCUCAAGCCCCAAAGUCCUGGUGAUGAAUCUGAUCAGAGCAACCCAAAGAGUCACUCUCGACAUGAAUACCGACGGCAGUACCAUCACAGCUUUAAGCCCAAAAACAGAGGCAUGGUAAAAACUCAAGAGCAACCAACACCCAUAAAAAAUCUAGAAAAGGGAGCAUACCCAGAGAAAACACAGCAAAAGCAUCCUAUUCCAGGCCCUCCAGAACCCAGUCCUUUGUGCAGCAAUAUUGCAAGGGGUUCUCCUUGUAAUUUAUAUCCUCCAAAAUUAGAGACUUCUGGAGAAACACCUGCCCUUUCAGUCACAGUGCCAGCUGUGACUUUGGUGGCAUAAUAACAGUAAUCAUCUUAAUUUUUUCACUAAAGGUGCUUCUCCCCUCCCUUAUUGUGUACUCCACAAAUACUGACAAAAUAGCUUGAGAAAAAUAUUACAAUUGUGGUAAGCCAAACUUGCUGAAAUUGUCUUAACUUUAUCUUGUUUUCUACACAGAAAGCUUUGCUCAAUAUACUCAAGAUUAUUUUUUCAUAAUAAUGCAGCUAUAGCCAGCAGUACUUACAGAUCUAUUAGACUGAUAUUGAAAAAUAAACUGUAAGAGGAUGUCAUUACAGAUAAUGUUUAUUAUAGCCCAGUUUGUUUUCAGUCAUUCAGUAUUAAAGAGCUAAAAUACUGGCAUCUGUAGAAUUGGAUGUUAUGUAAAUAUGUAACAUUUUUCACUCUUCCCAUAUUAAAAUUCAACAAUUGUACAUAACAAAUCUCAUAGUUCUGUGCAACCUAAUGUCAUAUCCAGAAAAAUACUCAAGAUCAAUCAUAAUAGUAGAAAAACUAUAUAUUAAUUGUUCCGUGCUAUAAUAUUUGUAAAAUGUCUGUUUUUUCCAUUUGAAAUUUAUAUAGCUUACACAGAAUAGUUUUUCCAAGCCUUUCAGUUCUUUUUAAUGACUGAUUAUUUUUGUGGAUUAAAAAUUGAAUGUGUU